AUGUCUGUUCUAUCUAACACUGAUUUGCAUCGGAUUUUCGAGAAGCUAGAUACAAAUAGCGACGGUUUUGUGAGCGUUGAAGAGAUCAACUUUGUGCUGCAGAGAAUAUGUAAUAGUAAUAAUUCUCAAUUUAGCUUAGACGAGCUUGAAUCUCUUAUAGAAAAGAAGAGCUUAGACUUCAAUGAAUUCUUGUUCUUUUACAACUCUAUUUCGAAACCGAACAAUGAUGAUGAGUUGUUGGAGAGGGAUCUUGUGAAGACUUUUAAAGUGUUUGAUUUGGAUGGUGAUGGAUUCAUCACAAGCCAAGAACUUGAGUGUGUGUUGAAGAAACUUGGAUUCUUGGAUGAAAAAAGUGGCAAAGAUUGUAGAAGCAUGAUUCAAUUCUAUGACACCAAUUUGGAUGGUAGGCUUGAUUUUCAGGAAUUCAAGAACAUGAUGUUGCUUAGAACUGCAUGA